AUGGUCUUACAAUCGAUUAUAGUUUCUACGAGAAGUCUGAAUUGGUGUGUGCCGGCUGUUGGCCUACUUACCGCUGCCCCGGGGUACUUUAUAGCAUUUUCGACUGCUAAGAUGCUAACAUGUCUAUUGCCUCAGCGGUUCUAUGAUAAACUAGAUUCCGUUAUGUAUGACUCCUAUCAGAAAUUAGCUCUCUUCUUUUUCGAAUCUUACUCCGGAGCUGACAUUGUCAUCAGUGGAGAUAAGCCUGAUGGAAAAGAAAAUGUGCUUUUCAUUAGCAAUCAUCAAUCGACCAUGGAUUGGGUCAUCGUUGACAUGGUUGCAGCUCGCUUCGGCUGUAUUGGGAGAGUUAGAUAUAUUCUGAAGGACGAAUUAAAAUUUAUACCGUUGUAUGGAUUAUAUUUUCGACAGGACAUUUCAUUUGAUAUUUUGCUUUAUUAUUCCACACUUAGACAGCUAGAUUCAUAUAAAGAAACUAAAAUUCCGUUGUGGUUAGUGGUAUUUCCUGAGGGUACCCGUUUCAAUGCCACUAGGAAGGAUGUACUUGAAAAGAGUCAAAAUUAUGCAUUAGAUCUUGGCUUACCUGUUCUAUCUCAAGUACUUACUCCUAGAACAAAAGCUACCGAAGUCAGUAUGGAGAGGCUGGGAGAAUAUUUUGAUGCUGUAUAUGAUAUAACGAUAGCUUAUACAGAUGAUGCCAAAACUUAUCAACAAGUAAGGGAGCCCGCUCCUAGUAUGGGUGAGUUUUUUAAUAAUCCUAAGAGGAAAUUACAUAUUUAUUUACAACGCUACGCUACAAAGGAUAUUCCGAAGGAUGAAGAGAGUCGAAAAAAAUGGAUAUAUGACCUAUUUUGUAAAAAAGAAAGGCUAUUGGAAGAUAUGGUCCAGAACGGAAGAUUUCCUGGGCCUGUUUGGUCUGGACCAUUUCCUAUUCUGUAUACUCUACCUCAUAUAAUACUAUCUAGUGCUAGCCUUUACUUUAUUCUAAGCAAUAACAAUACUCGAAAAUCAUUUUUUUAUUUUACUAUAGCAAAUUAUUCCUCCUAUAGCUUAAGUACUGAAAAUCUUACAACGCGAUUUAGUUCCAUUUUAUUUUACGGAGUUUGUGAAAAAAUAAUACAUGAAUUACAGCGUCUACAAGCUGCAAUUAAGAAUAAUAUCUGGCACAAUGAAGUAGGAAGCACGUUGACUAGUAGCAGCCAAAGACGUUCAUGGUCCAAUUUAAGGUUUACACGUUACAAUGGAGUUUCAAUGCUGCACAAAGAUGCCCUACGACCUAAAUCAACAUCAAAGAAGCCCACUAAUCGACAGACGGCGUAUAAUUGUAGGCAUUAUAUCGGCUGA